CACAGCCCAGGCUCAUCUGCCUCUUUAACUGUAUGGACUGUUACUACAAAUGGACGCUUUGGCUGCUCCAACGGACAGGGGGAAAGGCUGGUACCUUUCCCUAAUAGCACCAAACACCAAAGGACCAACUUUUGCCUGGUUGGACUCAUCAAGACUCUACUGUAAUUCCCAGGCCCUGUCAGAUUGUGUGAAGGACCUUCUCUAUCCAUUCCAGAAGGAGGCCAUUGACCUGGUAGUGUGUAUAGAUGCAAUGGGAUUCAUCCUCGGAUCGGCUGUGGCCACCACCCUUGGAAAGGGCUUUCUGGCUAUCUGCAAAGCAGGACACCUGCACAUACAAACCCAGAGCCAAGAGUACAGUGACUACUCAGACAGAGAGAAGAUGGUGGAGGUUCGCCUGGAUGUGUUAAGGCCAGGUGAUUGGUCUGUCUCUGUGCUUCAGGUGCUGAUAGUGGACCAGUGGAUAGAGACCGUAGGAACCAUGAAGGCUGCUAUCAAACUGGUGGAGCGACAGGGAGCGACUGUUGUAGGUGUUGCUGCUGUGGCCAUUGAGAACAGCGAGGGAGUGACCAGUCCCAUGAUCGCCACGGUAAGCACGGGGAGUUGGCUCAGGUCUCCAACCUGACUCUGCCACACUUCCCGUGUGCCCCCUGGCUGCCUCUCGGGCUUCCUUGCCAGCCGUGUUUCCUCGUAUCGCCAGUUCCCUUUUCCUGCUGCCUCCGCUCUCCUGGCUGUUCCCAUGGGAGGCGAUCCCUUCCAGCCUGGAUCUCCUCCCAUGUGUAUGAUCCCUUGCCGUCUAGAAUGUCCUCCCAUGUCCAGUCUUCUUUUCCACGCUGCUUGGUCCUUGGA